AUGGCCACCAAGAAGGAGGAACUGCCCGAGGAGAAGCAAGAAGGUGGCAAGCCGUCGUACACGCUUCACAUUCGGGGCCUUCCUAGUAGUGUGGAUCUUGAUGAGCUGAAGAUCCGCUUAGAACGCUUUGGUGAGGUGGUGGAUAUUCAGCAGGAGGAGGGGACCGUGGUCGCGAAGUUCUCGAGAACCAGCGAGGCCUUUGAAGCUCAGCAGAAGCUCACGCUUGGUCCAGACGUUGUUAUAGAGUUCGGCCCCCAAGAUCCGGACCACUACAACCGGGCCAAGAAGCGUGUCGCAGACUAA